AUGCGUUUAAAAGACAGAGACACUGCUGCGACUGACAUUUCCCUUACAUUGCCUACUGCAAAUAAGAUGUCUGCUCCUGAGCAAAAUCCUGCUGCAAAAUGCAAAUUUUGGAGUCUCAAAAUUCUGCACGCCAUUAUUCCUCAUUUAUUUUUGGUCUUCCUCUUGGUAAUGUAUGCUGUUUUUGGAGCGUUUCUGUUUGAGCAGUUAGAAAGCACCAACAAAUCAGCAGAGAACUAUGAUAUUUUUUUGAAUGAGCUGUGGGAAAUUGCCAACCAAACUCAUGAUAAAGGAGGGAUUGAAACUACAUCUGGGAAACAGUACUUUAAGAAAAACAUAAGGAAAAAACUGAUGGAUUUCCAAAGUUAUUGGUCCAGCCUUAAUGAAAACAAAAAUCAAUGGAAUUUUCUCGGGUCUCUGUUUUUCUGUUGCACUGUUUUCACAACUGUGGGUUAUGGUCAUAUUUAUCCUUUAACAGUAGGAGGAAAAAUUGCCUGCAUGUUCUACGCAACGUUUGGAAUCCCCAUUAUGCUAUUAGUCAUCACUGACGUUGGAGACAAGCUGGCAGCUUUACUUUCCAAAGUUUACAACCACGUAAGAAAGCGACUAAAAAAGAAUACAUCUCCACCACCCUCAGAACCCCCCUCAAGGUUGUCUUCAUUCAAACAGAGCUUCUCAAAAUCGGAAGCAAAGUCGGCAACAAGGUCCAUCUCUAUGAAAGGGGGCUCGCAUGUGAUCAUUACACCAAUGAGCAUAAAAAGUGUGUUGAACAGUCAGUCUUCUGUCAAAAAGAAAUCUGAGCUGUUGAGGAAAACUGAAAUAUUCGAAAAAUUAAUUGUUCAAGAAAACUUUAAUCAGAAGACUUUUGAGCUUUGCAAGAGAAGUCGGAGUAAGUCAUGUCCCCAGCUGGAUCUAAAGCCAGUUGAAGGCGACAGUUUUUUUCCAUGUCUGGGACAAGAACUCGAAAAGUUUGAUGUGCCAAUCCUGAUUAUCAUAGGUGUUAUUAUUGCCUACAUUCUUUUUGGUGCAGGGAUACUUUCAAUUUGGGAAAAAUGGAAAUAUCUUGAUUCUUUUUAUUUCUACUUUAUUACAAUUACCACAAUUGGCUUUGGAGAUUUUGUGCCUGAACAUCCAAAUUUUUUCAUGAUAAUGUCUAUUUUAAUUAUUACUGGUAUGGCAAUCAUGUCAAUGGCUUUUAAGUUAACCCAGAACAGGAUAGCAUUAUGCUACCAUGAAGUAAGUAUAUGGAUCAAUGGUGGAAAGAAAAACAAAUUUAAAGUAAUUUGA